AUGGGAAUUUGCCUAUCUUGUUUUUUCGGAAAGAGGUCGAGGGGUGGAUUGUAUGAACCUUUGUUACUGGAGAACGAACGUGAAGCUGUGGCUGAUUUACUAACAUAUCUAGAAAAUCGUGCGGAUACCAAUUUCUUCGAAGGAGAUCCAUUACGUGCGCUUUCAACAUUAGCAUAUUCUGACAACGUGGAUUUACAGAGGUCUGCAGCAUUAGCCUUUGCGGAGAUAACUGAAAAAGAAGAUGUCAGGGAAGUGGACCGCGAAACUAUGGAGCCAAUAAUGUAUCUUCUUCAGUCUCAUGAUGUAGAAGUUCAAAGAGCAGCGUCGGCAGCACUGGGAAACCUGGCAGUAAACACUGAGAAUAAACUGCUCAUAGUUCAAAUGGGUGGAUUGGAACCAUUGAUUCGUCAAAUGUUAUCGCCAAACGUCGAAGUUCAAUGUAACGCUGUAGGAUGCAUUACUAAUUUGGCGACGCAUGACGAAAAUAAGUCAAAGAUUGCAAAAUCAGGCGCACUGGUUCCACUUACACGUUUAGCUCGUUCGAAAGAUAUGCGUGUUCAAAGGAACGCAACGGGAGCUUUGUUAAAUAUGACGCAUUCAGAUGAAAAUAGGCAACAACUUGUUAACGCUGGUGCUAUACCUGUUCUAGUUGGUCUCUUGAAUUCACCAGAUACAGAUGUUCAAUAUUAUUGCACUACUGCACUUAGUAACAUCGCUGUUGAUG